CUUAGGGAACGAACGUGCACAUGCUACUGUAAAAACGCUAUAACUUUUUUCUCAGUCUUGUGCGACGUCUUGGCCGUGUUUUUCAAUAAGGCGUGGUGGAUCGGCAACUACAUGUGAUCUACUUAAAACAUCGAAAAUCUAACAAAAAAUAAUGUGUAAGCCUAACAAGGCGAUCACACCAUGAAAAAUGAAGAUCCUUAUUUCGUAUUGCCUCGUCUUGUCCUCCGUCCUCUCCGCAUUGCCUUCUGUCGCCUGCGCGGAUGGUGCUGCUGCUGUGGCCGAAACAUUAUGACAUCCUCUCAUCUAUCUGAAGGCUUCUUAUCCUGAAAAUGUUUCAGAUGGAGCGGAAAGAAUUCGAAAACCCGCAUUUUUUAGUUCUCUUUCUGCAGUAGCUCAGUACUUGACGGCAUAAUAAAUAAUUCAUCGUGCCUGCCCUUGUAGUUCUAAAAAGUGAAGCUAAAAGCUCAGAGCAUGAAAUCCACCGAAUGGAGAUUAGUGAUACGUGGAUAGACCCGGAUUUACACUUUCGGCAUCUGUAUGGCCGUAGUAAAGAUUUCGACGAAGUGCUCCGCGGCCUUAAUUUAUGGGUUGCUUUCACAUUGCGUCCUGCAUUACCAUUCUUGACCAUUAUCGACUUUCCGAACUUGUCAGUCUUGACGGUGAGCAGGAGAGUUGACCUGUCACUUCGGACCACGCAUGCAUGCAAAGGAUAGACCCGCAUGCAUGCCAAGGAGUCAAGGAUGCUUGGAAGAAUGCAAUGGCGCAACCUCUAGUCGCUUGUGGCAGUCUCCGGUCCAUGAUCCUGAGUAAUCACGAACUCUUGGAAAUCCACUCGAACGCUGUGAACGAAGAUGGCAUUACGGGAGGACAACUGUUACUGUUAGUAUGAAUCAUGUCAAUGUUUUUUAUUGAGAAGAUGAAGAGAUAUUAUAAAGAGAAGAGAUAUAAUUAUAAGAAAGAUCUUUUUUUGUUGUUCUUGUUGGUGAUCCACUUAAAAAUGCUAACGCAAGCUUCAACGUCAAGACACACAUCAGUAUGAUUACUAAUUCUAAUAUUCUUCUUUUUGUUCCAUUGAUAGGGCAUGUUCUAGCAGCUGUUGUUCGAGACCCUUGAGAGUGACGAUACCCUUGAUCCACUUAGAAAUGCUAACGCAAGCUUCAACGUCGUCCUGCUCGACAACGCGCAAGUAUCUCAAUGGGUGGACGUCGAGACACUUGUGGAAGGCUGUCGCGUUUUCCAAGGCCUGUACAACCUGGCACUCGCUGCAGGAGGAAUUUGCAGUCGUACGAGUAUGCGGGUGGUUCCUUUGGUGUCUGCAUCUCCUACACAAACUACAAGGUCAAACAGUAAAGAACCAACGUCUACGACACCCCUAGUCCUAUCUCCUUUGGAGUCACUACUGAGCGCUGUUCAGAAUUGUGAAGAAGCUGGUGUACAUAAAGCAAUGCUGGACCAACUUCGUAGUUUUGCAACAGGCAAGCAGUUUUUGUUGUCAGACAAAGAGGACCACGAACAAGAUGAAGAAGCGGAGUUUUCAGGAAGGCCAGAACAACCGCAAGCGCGAGAAGAGCAAAACUACAAUGCCCCUGAACCAAAUUUGACAGAGGAACAAAAAGCAAUCGAAUCGCAAUCAGCGUAUAGAAAAACUUCCAGAGAUCUCGUCCAGGACACGAUAAAUCAUGCUGCUUUGGUCUUGGAGCAAUUAGACGUCAGUACAAGAGCUAGAGCUACGACUUCUUCAGUACGAAUAUCUUCUAGCAGCACCUCCAGAAGCGACGUAAUUUGGGAUCUAGACUUUGGUUUCACACGUCGCUUUGGACACGUCUUUGGCUCAGAGGUUGAGGACAUGGACACCCCGUCAAGAACUGGUACAGCAAGUAGUACAGGAAGUAGUACAGCAAGUAGUACAGGAAGUAGUAAAACUAGAACAAGCGCUAUAACUACAAGUACAAGCUCUUCACUGACCUGGCAGCACAUGCGCAAUUUCGCUACUCAGCUUUUGGGAUGUUUUUUAGACCGCGUGACUCAGCACGUGACGUUGAAGUCGUUGCCAUUUUUCAAUCUGGGAGAUCACAUGAUCAACAGUCUACCUUUCUUGUUCAACCGCGUUGACAUUCAAUAUGACCAACGCGUUUUUGGGUUUAGAUUCGACGUGCUCUUGUACCUGGCAGAGAAGCAGAUACUGAAGAAAGUUUUGGAGAGGAAUGGGUCCUCUGCGAAAGUUGGAGAAAAAAGUGAAGAAAACUUUCUGCUUCAUCGCCGACGAUUGUAUGGAGUAGAAGAAAUCUCAAAAACAGAAGAAGACGAGCAAAAACAACGUCUUCAAGCCCAACGUCUACAACGACUUCUCAAAGAAACGAAAAUCCGUGUAGCUGAAGUCGGUGUAGAGAAAGGCGAGACGAUGAGGUACUUGUUACAGAAGCUUGGUCGCUACAUCGAGUACUACGCUGUAGUGGACCCCUACUUUAAGGAUCCCUCCUAAGCCCUAAGCCCAAACCCAAAAUACAUCCCCCACAAGUAUGAACAAUCCUUGACAUUUUUGCUAGUAGAACAGGCGUCGAGACUUCUUUUCUAGUAGGAAAAGCGCCAAGGAAAGGAUGUUCUGGAGUAUGGAAAAGCGUCAUGCCUCUAAGCGUUGGAUGGACGGCAAGCCCUCGCUAGACGCAGUUCUCGAGUACUACUCUCAAAACGUCACCGCCGCUUGCGAACAGCACAAUCGCGAUUAUCAGCACAGUCCCUGUCAAAUGCAUCGUGUCAAUUCGCUAGACUACACACUGUCAGAAACUGAAGAGCAUUUCGACUUGAUCUUCCUCGACGCGGACCACAGCUUCGAGUCCGUGUCCGGCGACAUCGCGCACUACGCUUCUAUGCUGAAACAAGGAGGAAUCAUUGCCGGACAUGAUUUCUCGAAGGAUCAUUUGCAAGUAGUUCUCGCAGUACUAUUAAGGCUUACAGUUGUAAUUUAUCUUGCGAAGCAUCUUUAAGAUGCUUUUUUUUGCAAGGGGAACACGUGGCAAAGAUGCAGCUUUCCAAGAUGAAUAUAAGAAGUAUAAGGUCUAAUACUUGCACACUGCGCGCGACUGGAGACGGCCACGAAAAUACGUCUACGCCUAGGCAUGGAGACGGUGUGGUGGAUCGAGAGGGAGGGGUGGUGAGGUCCGCAACUAAUCUUUGGUUCUCGAAGUUGAGACAUGUGCUUACGCUUUGUUGACUCCGUGAUCGUGAUGAUGACUGCUGCUGUUUUAUUGGCAUCGGUUUUACUUUUACGCUUGUGGUCGAAAUGAAUCGGACUCGCUAUGCUUGGGAGUUGGGAACUCGUUACUGGCUUGUUGUCGUG